AAAACCAGCAUUCAUAGUUACUCUACCGUUCAGUGCGGUUGCGUGCAUUCAGGGCUCAGAUCAGACAAGGUCGUAGAAAACCUGUUUUUAAUACAAGCAGGUAUUUUGGUAUUCCAUAGCAAGAUAUAACCCAAACUCGAGUAGGUUUUAAAAUUAGGUGGGCACGUUUUAGGUAAUCCAGUGAUUUGUGCAACAGAAGUUGUUUUAAAGAUGCAGCGUUGGUGUGGAAAAUCAGCGGUGGUGACGGGCGCAAGCGCGGGGAUCGGGGCCGCAAUCUGCGUGGCCCUCGCCGACGCGGGCCUCAACGUGGUUGGCUUCGCGAGGAGGCCCCAACUUGUUGACAAAUUGUCAUCGAAGGUGAAAGGCAAGGGCAGCAUCAGAUCGCGGCAGUGUGACGUGGGGGACCCGGAGCAAAUAGCUGCAGCGUUCCAGUGGGUGGAGCAGCAGUCAGGCGGAGUCGACCUGCUCGUUAACAACGCUGGCGUCGUCCAUACUGGCAGCAUUACUGUGGCCGGCCGCCAGCCGCUGACUGAGAGCCAGAUAGCGUCCACCAUCGAUGUGAACCUGAAGGGCGUGAUCUUCUGCACGCGGCAUGCCGUCGCCUCCAUGAAGAAGCGAGGCGUUGAUGGACACAUCAUACUCAUAAACAGUAUCGCUGGACACUACAUCCCUUCCGUGGAGGAAUUCAACGUGUACACAGCCUCCAAGCACGCAGUCACUGCGCUUACGGCGUCAUUGUUGAACGAGCUCGCAUUGGCCAAGAGUAAAAUCAAAGUUACUAGUCUGUCUCCUGGGCUGGUAGAGACUGCGAUGACGGAGGAAGUGAUGGCCCACGGAACUGACUUCCAACCGCUGCAGCCUAAGGACAUCGCCGAUGCAGUCCUUUACGUGGUGUCCACGCCGCCUUCAGUCAACAUUUCCGAGAUAACCGUCCAGCCGGUCCAAGAGAAAAAGUUCUGAACAAAUAUUUUAUAAAAUUUAUUUUUUUCUAAAAUACAUAACAAAGAAUUAAUUAAUAAUGAUAUGGCACGCUACGGACUAACAUUAAGCUAAGCCGACCCUGCGGACGACGAGGAAGAUGCCGAACCAAGGAGACUGGUGCCGAACUGCAGCAGAGCUCUAAGGAUGUCCAUCUUCAGGGUCCAGAAUGGAGAAGCUGGCUCGCUGGAUGGAGUCUUCGAUUGCUGUUUAAAAAAAUAAUAAUUAUAAGUAAUCUGUAUUUUUAUUAUAUUUUCGCGCCAAAACAUGAAAUGAAGUAUUUUCAAUUGGAGACAAUAUAGCUAACCUUAUACAGAUUAAACGUCGUUUUUGAAAACUAGAUAGAUAGAAAACAUUUCAUUUCAUAUAAAGCGUGUAAAUUAGGUAAGCGAAAACGAAGAGGGUUGAAAAAGAAAAGACAAUUUUUUUUAAAUUAGAUUUGUGCCUGUAAAAGAAAAUGAAAAAGAUUGAAUGCUGUGAAGAACACAAACAAACAGUGCAGAGAACUAUCUACUGAACACAAUAGGUAAAAAUAAUAAGUAUUUUAGUAGUGUGUUGAUGCAAACAAAACAAUAAUAUUUAAGUUCGUACCUUUCUUUACUUACUCGUCAAUUACUAUCUAAGUAAAUAAAAAAUGGGCAUAUUGGUAGAUGAACAUGUAUCUAACUCACGACUCGACUCUUUAUUAAAAUCAAACAAUAAAACAAUGAAAAACGAAAACUAAUUCUAUUUUGUACUACUUAAUUAAAACUUUUAUAUAUCACAUAUUGUAUUUGUCAAAGAGAAAUUCUAAAUGUACUUAGAUACAUCUAUAAGUAACGUAUCUAAACGUUACUUUCGGCAGGGUAUUUGUAGAUAUACAUCAUGUGUUACAAAAUAAAUUUAUAUCAAAGUGUAUUGAAACAAUAUACCAUAA